CGCGCCAAUCAAAACCUUAGCCGCUUCACGACGCUUCUGCUUUCACCUUAUACCGACCGACUGUAGACGAGGGGUGGACACUUUUCUGAACUGUAUCAUGCAGAGUUUUAUCGGAGUCUCACAUGUCUUCAUGGUUCUGCUGCUACGGGUACCUGCGCAGACUCCACACUCUACAGAAGGAGACCACUCAAAAGUGAUGGCAUUCCAGGAAGUGUGGACGAGGAGCAUGUGUCGGCCCAUGGAGCAGUUGGUAGAUGUGGAGCAGGAGUACCCUGGAGAGGUGGAGUACAUCUACAUGCCUGCUUGUGUCCCACUUUGGCGAUGCUCCGGCUGCUGUGGAGAUGAUUACCUAGAAUGCCAGGCAACACUUGAACGCAACAUUACUCUAGAGGUAAUAAGGCUUCAUCCUAUGAUAUCCAUGCACCAUGUGGAGCUCACAUUUGUGGAGCAUCAGACGUGUGAAUGCAGAGCCCGUCAGAAACCUACAGAUAACAAAAGCAGCAGUGAGUCUAUAAAGCACAAACCCCGGAGGAGGAAACACAAGAAGACAGCGAGCGGCUGUGGCAAGUGCCAGUUCCCUCAAAACAAGAUAAAUCUUCAUUGAUCAACAUCCUGGUUUGUAGCUUAAUUUGGAGGAGUCUGAAGAAGGAACAACAUAUUUGUAAACUGAUUAUGUCUAAUGGUUCAUUCUCUGUCCAUUACUUUGUUUCCUCAUCCUGUUUAUCCAUCAGACUUUCCAUCUUUUGCACAUGCAUCUCACCUGAUUGAUUACUGGAGAAGAAAAAGAAACAGGUGCUUGCCUGUAACUUGUAAAUGUUGAGUUUUGAUAAGUUACUGCUUUGUAUGUGUUUUAGUUAUAGACGCAGACAGAUUUUAAACAACAGGUAUAGAGAUAAUGAGUAGAAUACAGUAAGCUUAUGAGCUGCCAGAGGAAAGGAUUAAGGUUCAUUCAUCCUGAGGAUCAUUCACAGACAACAAGGUCUUCUCUAUCACUUCAUGUUCAUUAUAACAUUAACAGAUUACUCUUGUGAUUCCAAUGCAUAGCUACAGACUGAAAUAAAACUCUAUCUGUGUGACCUUAUGUUUGAUUUACUCAUACUCUGCCUUAAGUUUGUAUAAUAAAACAAGAGCCUUCUUUGUUAUCUA